AGUAUUCGUUUAACAUUCGCGCUGUGCGGACGUCGUUCGUCAGAUCGUUCGCCUCGGCUCAGUUGUCAAGUUGACGUCUUUGCGAUAUCUCGAAGCCUGUCGAGUCUACCUAAGCCAGCAAACACAGUUCGCAUUUAAGAACUGAAUUAAGAAUUUGAAUUGAGUAUUUUGGCUUUGGUUUGUGCAUAGUUUGUGUAUCAAUUACUGUUGUUGUUGUUGUUGUUGUCGUGAGCCCGUGAGCCCGUGAGCCCUUUGCAAACAUAUUUCUCAUUUAUUGUGGAGCCCCGCAACCCAUUUGAAUAUUUUAGCAACAACAGCCAACUAGAUUAGUGCGUGUGUACGAGUGUGUGUGUGUGUGCGCGUGUGUGCCAUGAUUAACAAGCGCCUGCCGAAGGAGGCGUGAUGUAAAUUGACAUUUUUUGUAAUUUUUCGAUUUACAUGCCGUUGCACAUUGGCAAUAAACGUUACAAGUAGCUUCUGGCCGAAAUAUAUUCUAUAAUUAGACUUGGGUCGCCAAAGCAAAGAUGCUUUUGAAGUGGCUGCUGUUCAGCCUGUGCAUAAUGCCGGCCAUGUUCAGCAAUACGAACAGAAAGUGCCCCGUCGAAUGUAGCUGCAGCUUUGAUGAUAUGGACCGCUAUCAGGCCAUCUGCACAAAAGGUGGUUUGAGUUCGCUGCCAACAGCUAAUGUACUGGACAUCGAUGUGAAGGUGAUUAUAAUACGUGGACCACGCAACUCGCUGACAAUUGGACCGGCACUGCGGCAAUUUAUGCAGCUGCAAGUGCUGCGCAUCACCGACUCCAAUUUGCCAGCGAUUGGGGCCGAGUCCUUCUGGGGUCUUAAAUAUCUCCGGAUAUUAGAUCUAUCGAAGAAUAAUAUAACAAACAUCACGGAAAAUAACUUUCGCGGCCAGGAUAAUCUGCAUGAAUUGGAUUUAUCAAAAAAUAAAAUAUUGCGCAUGGCCAGCUCAACGUUUCGCCAUCUGAUGGAUUUGCGACGUCUUAAUUUGGCCGACAACUCAAUUGUGGAGCUCGUGCAGCGCAACUUCUUCAUGCUGACAAGACUGAAGUACCUGGACCUGAGCGGAAAUCCGUUGCAGGAUUUACAGCCGGAUGUAUUUCGCGAUGUGCCCGAACUAAAAGUACUCAAAUGCCGCAAUUGUCAGCUGAAAAAAAUCAAUCCGCAGUUGUACAAUUUAUUGCCACUUUUAAGCGAAUUGGAUUUGGGUCGCAACGAGUUCAAAUUCCUUGACAAGGAUGAAUUUCGCGACGUGAAGCGCCUCACCAAAGUUUUACUCGACGGCAAUCAAUUGUCUGUGGUCGUGGACCAACUCUUCCGCAUGCAGAAAAGUCUUAAUCACUUGGAUUUAUCGUACAAUCGGCUGGCCAAAGUGCCGAAUGAUUCGUUUCUGCAGCUGACCAAUCUCACAUUUCUGGAUCUCUCGUACAAUAAGCUGGUGCGUCUGGAGCCGCAGUCUGUGCGGAGUUUGUCCAGCCUGAAGGUUCUGAAUAUUAGCGGAAAUGUUCUAAUGGAUUUGAGAGAUAUGCACGAAACUUUUGCGAUGAUACCGGAGCUAACGCACUUGGCCAUUGCGGAUAUGGGCCCGCUGCCAGUGGGCCUGCUAUCGCCUUUCCGGCAACUGCGCUAUUUGAAUAUCUCGGGUAAUUCAUUGGAUAACAUGGCACUGCAGGUUAUCGAUCCCUGCCGUGAGCUAGAGUUUUUGGACUUAUCACGAAAUCAAUUAUACGGCAUCAACGCUGACACGGCAAUACGAAUUCAGGGCAUUCGCAAUGUGCGCCUGGAUAACAAUCCGCUCAUCUGUGAUGAGUGCCACAUGGGAAAAUUAAUAAAUGUCGUGCGACAACUGCAAUGGCAAUGGGACACAUAUCCCAUUUGCUUUCUGCCGAAGAGUUUGCGUGGCGCUCAAAUAAUUAAUUUGGACAUUGGCGGACUUCACACGUGCCUUGAUUACAUCAGCGACGAGGAGCAGAAUGCCGCGAGCACUUCAUAUAACUUUCUUGAGCAUGGUGGCCUUAAUACCUUGGCUAUAUUGGGUGGCAUAAUUUUUGUGCUAAUUGCCGUUAUAAUAUUAUCGCUUGUGGCUUGCUUUUCGAAGAACCGUGCACGCUACUAUACCAGAGAGGAUCAUCUCAAUGGCAGCGACAGCAAAUGUUUGGAGAAGAACUUGGAGUCGGCUACAAUCACAACGCUCGGCAAUGGCAGCUCGCCGACGACAACCACCACACUGACGUUGGCCACAUCGCCGGCAGCGGGACCAGCAACGAAUGGCACAACAACAACAACAACAAAUGGUAAUACAAAUGGCCAAAUCCAGAGUCCAGCUAAUGGCAGCACGCCUGCACAUGCGGCCAUCGAUGCUGCCGGCAAGGAAAUCAACUUUACGUUUCCCAUUGACGAUCGUGUUUGCACCAUCGACGAGCUGGUGCUGCCACCGGCGCCGCCGCCCCCUGCCGUCGCCCAAGUGCACCAGCAGCCGAGCAUGGGCAGUCUAAUGUACAGCGUCUCGCAGUCGCCGAGCAGCAGCAGCAGCUGUGGCACGGCUACGGCGCGUGCAGCAGCAGCGGCUGCCGCAACGGUCAUUCCACCGGGCGCACCGUCGCCAAUGCCGAUGCCAGUGCCGAUGCCGUUGACUGGACCCGCUGACUCUGUGGUUGUGGUGCUGCCACCACCGCCGCCGCUGCCGCAGCAGCAGACGGGCAGCCUGGCCAGCCUGCGCGAGGUGCAGCAGCAGCUGGUGCAUUUGAGCAGCACGCUCGAGCCGCUGGUCAGCGUUAACUGACCCAGGGGCUUGGCAGCAACGGCCGCAACGGCCCCAACCGCAGCAUCAGCGGGUAAGUUGGCCAGCAAGCAAACGUUGAGCACGACAGCAACGUAAGCCACAGGAGAGUUGGCCCCACUCACAAUCCCAGUCGCAGUCGUAGCUGAAGCCAAUAGCAGCAACAUUUCGUUCACUGCUGGCGUACGGGACGUAUAAUUAAUGACACUGCGCACUGAGCAUUGUUUUUGGGGUCGAAUUGAAGUAAUUAGGAUUUGGGUUUGCAAUUAAGUUCAUUAAUCACGGGCGCCCUGACGAAAUCGAAGGCAACAACAAAUGUGAGCUGAGUUUUGACAGAGCCUGGCGAAAAUUUAUUAACGAACUAAGCAUAAGUUAAUUAGGAUAAGGAUAACAGUAGUUAUGUAAAAUGCAUUUCAGUUUGACGGAUUGCGUGGAAUUUUCAAUAAAUAAAGAAAAACAUUCUUCUAUACAUAUUGACUGCCAUUUUCCGUAUAAAGCAAAUAUUUCAAAUAUUUGCGAGCGUUUCACUAAGAUAUUUGUGGUUUGGUUUUAACAAUUGAUUUUUUUUCUAAAUAUAUUUAUAUACAUAUAUAUAUAUAUAUAUAUAAAUGUGAAACUCAGCAUCUGUGUGUAUAUAAAAAUAAAAUACAUUUAAUAAAUAAAACAAAAUUAGACAAAGGCAGCAGAAACACAUUUCACAUGUGAUAAAUUACAUUUUGUACAUAAAAUAAAAAUAAAAAAGCUACUUGGAAUUUCAUAAAGUAGAGACAAAAUACUGAAAGUAAAUAUUGUAUAUUUGGCAAAAUAAAUAAGAAAGAAAGAAAAAAAAACUAAUCUGAUCAGCUGCCAUUUUAGGCUAAAAACAAAAACAAAAAAAAUGAGCAAAAAUUAUUAACUUAAGUCUUAAGCAUAUAAAGUUAGCACGUAGCUAGUUACAUAGAUUUUAAACACAUAUAUAUUUAAAUCACUUAAGAAACUAAAAUAAUAUUUAUUGUUAAGACAGAUAAAAAGAAAAAAUAACAAUCAUUUAAAUGUUCACAACCGAGACCCAACCAGUAAACCCAAACGAUUUCAGUUUAUUUUAUAAAAGCGCAGCAAAAUAAUUAUACAUUUAAGUGAAUUUAAUUUAAUUUUAACGACAGCUAAAAUUUCAUUUAUGUUAAACAAGUUCAAACACUAAAUCCGUAAUAAAGUGUGACAGUUUAUGGAAAAUACUAAACAACAG